AUGAAGAACGACGGACUGGGCGGCAUCGAGCCUCGUCCUGCCUCGUCCCACCGGCCGCCGCUGCAAUUUAAGUCUACAGCAGCAGCUCCACUGGCCUCCAUCGCGACAACCCCCAAUAUCGUCGCCAUGGACAAGAAAGAUGGCGCCGCCAGGGCCGUGACGCAGUGGAACACUAAGAACCUGGGGCUGCGCCUCGGCGCUGACCUGCUCAGCGCCGCAGCGGCAGCUACCAUGGUGGCGCCUAUCAUCUCUAUCAUCGACCGCUCCAUCAUGGAAAACGCGUCAGGCCGGCGCAGUCUGGGGCAGUCGCUGCGGUCGUCGCUCCGGACACUAAUACUGCAGCCGCACCGGCUGGUGCUGUCGCGGCCGUUCGCGCUCAUCUUCCUACUGUACGGGGGCACGUACGCGACGGCCAACUGGCUGGACACGGCGACGUCGACGGUGCAGAACCGGGCGGCGGCGCACGUCACGUCGGGCACGGCCAAGUUCGCGGCCUCGUCGGCCGCCAACAUCUCGCUGUGCAUCUACAAGGACCAGGCGUUCGCGCGGCUGUUCGGCCCCCCCGGCGCCGCUCCACGUCCCGUCGCCAUGCCGUCGUACCUGCUCUUCGCCGCGCGCGACUGCAUGACCAUUUUCGCGUCGUUCAACGUGCCGUCGCUGCUGGGGCCCGCCCUGACGCGCCGCCUCGGCGACGAGGUCCAGCGCUACGCCUCGGGCCAGACCAUUGCCCAGUUCGCCGCCCCUGCUGUUGUCCAGCUCGUCAGCACCCCUGUGCAUCUGCUGGGCCUCGACAUAUACAACCGCCCCUACUCCUCCGCCGGCGGCCUGCCGACCCUCCGCGACCGCUGGGUCGCCGUCCGCCGCAACUGGGCUAUCAGUACUGCGGCCCGCGUCUGCCGCAUCAUCCCAGCCUUUGGCGUCGGCGGCGUCGUCAACUUCAAGGUCCGCCAGGGCCUCAUGGAGCGCCUGUCGUAA